AUGUCUCUCACCCCCUUGCUAUGCUACAACCUUCUCCUUUGUGGCCAUUUCUGCCCCCAACCAAGCCACUCAUCCCGCCCAUGCCCGCCAUGUCUCCUCCCUUGCCUCCAGUCGUGCCCGCACCGCACCUGUCGCAACCCGUGUUCCUCUCCGUGCCCCCCCUGCUACUAUCCCUGCAGCAGCCAUUGCCUGCACUUCGGCCCAUGCCCCUUUUUCUGCGCCGCGCCCUGCGCCGCCUCGUUCUGCAACAGCAGAUGCCAGCAAAUCCUUCCGUGCGGCCAUCGCUGUCCGUCCCUCUGCGGACACCCUUGUCCACCCGUCGAGUAUUGCCAAACCUGCGCCCUCCCCAAACACCAAAACACCAUUGUUGACAUUACCACCCUCGUGCCCUACGGCGCGCACGAAUUUCUCGAUCAAAAUCCUAUCCUCCUUCUCCAAUGCUCGCACUUUUUCACCGUCACCUCUAUAGACGGUCUCUUUCAGGUGUCACGCGGUCUCGAGCACUCGAAUAUCUACCCGCCUUCCUGCCCUACGUGUAGACAGCCUAUACGCGACCUGCCAAGAUACCUUCCUUUGCAGAAGGUCAACGACCUUCGCUUGCUGGAACGCAAGCAUCAACUUGACAUGAUGCACAAGUGCACUGAACUAGUGAAGAAAGCAGAGGAACUGGAAGCAAUUUUCAAGGGUUCCCUCAUGUGCGGCGUCGUCGGCUUGUUCUGUAGAAAACAGCGUGCCGUCGUUGUACGCGCAAGGGCUGCAUAUAGUCGCACUUUUCUCGAUCUCCGCGCCAUAUUCAAUAAGGCCACUUCCGGUCCCAUGAUCACCGUCAAUAACUCACUUCCAAGCGUGGCAAAAUUGACCUGGGCUGAGCAACGCACACAUGUGUAUCGUACACCCACACUACUGCACAUCGCACGGUCAUGCCUGCCGUUUGUUCGAGAGGUGUCAAUUACAGACCUGGCAUACAGUUUGAUGCGCGAUGUUCUGUUGGAAGCUAUCCGUUUGACAGACGAAGACUCGUCGUACCGGUCGGGAGCCGUGGCGCGGCUCCUCUUGGUAGGCGGCUUUCUACACGAAACUAGACCCGUGGGAAGGAAUUGGGUAUAUUGGUGGGAAGCGGAGGCGGAGGCAUUGCAGUGUUGCGAUUGGGUGAUCAACGCAACAUCAGCAGGCGUUGUUGGCUAUCUCAAGUCGGAGGCACGCCGGCUUAAGGGAGCCAUUGAUAAGCGGGAAAGGAUGCAUGUGCAGGUAGCAGCGACGCGUGGCCCUCAAGCGAAUGGGGUUUGGCAUCGGUGUUUUCGAGGACACCAGUACUUGGUCAGCGGCUGCGGCAAUGCAACGGAGGCCGGGUUAUGCUUGGAGUGUGGGCUACGGAUUGGAAGGAGGUUUGGAAGGAGGUAG